AUGGGUCUCAAGCCCGAAAGUAUCGGUCGAAACGGCAAAGACCCUGCGAUUUGUGUAGACAACGCAAGACGCAAUCCUUUGAGAAAAGAACGAUGGCCUCCAGAAUCUCAGUCAAGUUCGGCGCAGCUUCAACCAUCGCGUCCUCCAGAGACUCAAUCAACAGCGCAGCAUCGUGGCUCUCAAUCUGAUUUCGACGCCCGCCAUGGCGAUCCGAUGGCCAUCGAUGUUAGCGCGUUCGAAAACGCGGACUUGGAGUUCGAUAUCGACGUCGAUUCCCAUACAUUACCGCCUGUAUCCGACCAGCUGUCGUUUCUGGGUCAGCGGCCCCCUGACUCACAAGGCGGCGCUAUCGAUUGGUCGUACCUCAACUUUCCCAUCUCUCCUCUAGGCAACGACUUCGAUUUCCCAAGCCGAAUGUCGGCAGCCAGUGAUGGCUCACCUCAGGCAUUUCGAUUGGAACACAUUUCGCCAGGCCCGAGUCAGCGACAGGAACAUCGCGAGGGUGUUGCAAAUGGCACCAACCCGAGUGAUAAAGAUGAUGUGCUCGAGAAUCUGCCACUUGAGAAACAGGAAGCACCAAGGAAUGGAGACUGGUCCAGCGACUUCUCUCUUGACGAACGCCCUGGCUAUUCCUCUCAACUUAUCGGCUUAUCGAGCGAGACUGAUCCGUUUCUUCUACGACACUAUCAGUAUGAUACGCGGGACACGUUUCGGAUGUUCGCACUUGAUUUUCGUAAAAUCACAGACGACAUAAACAUGCCGGAGCCUACUGCGGUGUCCCAAUCCUCACAGAUUCCCGCCAGUGACAUACCAGUCCAAUUUGUCAUGACCGACGAAGAGAUAUGCAAAGACGAUGUCAAAAUCAUCGAUACGGACUUUGCAGGUUCCAAUACUGAAGCUGAAGAUCAUGCUUUGCUGUAUAAGAUCGUUCCGAUUGACUUGGGCUCAAGACUCCUGAAACUCUUUUUCAAAUUCAUUCAGCCAUCAUAUCCGGUUCUCUCGUCGCACGAUCAUAACGGCGAGUAUCGAAAUUGCAAUUGUUCAACUGGAUUGAGAGCAGCGGUCUACGCGUUAGCCGCGCCGUACUACUUCCUUGAUGACUAUCUCUCGGUGGACAGAGGCUAUCAGCAACCUUCUACAGAAGAGCUCUGGGGAAUUGCUCAUCGCGGCUUGCAGCGUGAUGCCCGGAAGUCUCACCUCGGGCUUGUGCAGCUUAGCCUACUCUUUUUGCAUCGGCCUCCGCAGAAUUAUGCCGUCGCCGAUACUCCGAGUUCCUGGGCCCUGGCUUGUUCGGUCCUCGCUGCAGCAGAGACACUCGGACUGAAUCUGGACCCUUCAGAUUGGAAGCUUCCUUCACAUGAAAUCAGGCUGCGGAAGAGGCUGUGGUGGCUUGUUCACGUGGAGCACACUUGGCGCGCACUGGUUCUAGGACGGCCCUCUCAUAUCGCCGCAUCAAACUGGGAUGUCUCUGAAUUGACUGCAGAUGAUUUCGACCUUGAUGACAUUGCGGAUUCGGAAGCUCGCAGCUGUGUUCAAGCACAGAGUCCUUACUUCAUGGCCCUUUGCAGCCUGAGUACAAUUGCUAGCGAAGUGCUUGACGCUCUUUAUUCUAUCAAGUCGAUCCGUGAAGCUACCACGCUGGAGGCUCUUCUAGUCCGCGCGCAUCCCUUGAGGAUGCUGAUUCAACAAUGGCGACAAAAACUGCCGCCGGAUGUCUUGAAGCCCACUAAAGAGCUGAUGGAAGAUGAUGGCCUCGAUAACUGCGGUCCACUCCGUCUGACGUAUUUGACGUUGGAACUCCUGGUCUUCAGAGCACUCCUUCGUCCACUGGCUUUUCAACCUGGAACAAGUGAGCAGGAAAUGUCAGAGCCACGCUCCACCAUCUUCCAAAACAGUCAGUCAUGUGCCAAACUCGUUCUGGAGUUGGUCGCAGCUCUCAAGGCAAAUCACUUUGUCAAUUUCUGGCCUUCCUAUACACGAUAUCAACUGUCGUACAUGACGAACUUUGCCUUGCUUCUCUUUGUGCAGUCGCCGUCGAUGGCUGUAGCCAAAGAGAACAAGCUGCUACUGGACAAAUGGCGGAUCACUGUCCGGAUGCAGUCACGAGCGUGGCCUGUUCUCAAGCUAGCAGUCAUGAGACUUGAUGCUGUGGUUUGGAAAGGAUUGGAUCAUAUCGUGAGUUGGGCCGGGAAGGACAGUCCAGCGGAAAUACUGCUAAGGAAACUACCCAACACUUGA